AUGUUCCAACUUCCUGUCAACAAUCUUGGCAGUUUAAGAAAAGCCCGGAAAACUGUGAAAAAAAUACUUAGUGACAUUGGGUUGGAAUACUGUAAAGAACAUAUAGAAGAUUUUAAGCAGUUUGAACCUAAUGACUUUUAUUUGAAAAACACUACAUGGGAGGAUGUAGGACUGUGGGACCCCUCACUUACAAAAAACCAGGACUAUCGGACAAAACCUUUUUGCUGCAGCGCUUGUCCAUUUUCCUCAAAAUUCUUCUCUGCCUACAAAAGUCAUUUCCGGAAUGUCCAUAGUGAAGACUUUGAAAAUAGGAUUCUCCUUAAUUGCCCUUAUUGUACCUUCAAUGCAGACAAAAAGACUUUGGAAACACACAUUAAAAUAUUUCAUGCUCCAAACGCCAGCGCACCAAGUAGCAGCCUCAGCACUUUCAAAGAUAAAAACAAAAACGAUGGCCUUAAACCUAAGCAGGCUGACAGUGUAGAGCAAGCUGUUUAUUACUGUAAGAAGUGCACUUACCGAGAUCCUCUUUAUGAAAUAGUUAGGAAGCACAUUUACAGGGAACAUUUUCAACACGUGGCAGCACCUUACAUAGCAAAGGCAGGAGAAAAAUCACUCAACGGUGCAGUCCCUUUAGGCUCAAAUGCCCGGGAAGAGUGUAGUAUUCACUGCAAGCGAUGCCUUUUCAUGCCAAAGUCCUAUGAAGCUUUGGUACAGCAUGUCAUCGAGGACCACGAACGCAUAGGCUAUCAGGUCACUGCCAUGAUUGGGCACACCAAUGUGGUGGUUCCCCGAUCCAAACCCUUGAUGCUAAUUGCUCCCAAACCUCAAGACAAAAAGGGCAUGGGACUCCCACCACGAAUUGGUUCCCUUGCCUCUGGAAACGUCCGGUCUUUACCAUCACAGCAGAUGGUGAACCGACUGUCAAUACCAAAGCCUAACUUAAAUUCCACAGGAGUCAACAUGAUGUCCAAUGUUCACCUGCAGCAGAACAACUACGGAGUCAAAUCCGUAGGCCAGGGCUACGGCGUUGGUCAGUCAGUGAGACUGGGACUCGGUGGCAAUGCACCUGUUUCCAUCCCGCAGCAGUCUCAGUCUGUGAAGCAGUUACUUCCCAGUGGAAAUGGAAGAUCAUACGGGCUUGGGGCAGAGCAGCGGUCUCAGGCACCAGCAAGAUACUCCCUACAGGCUGCGAAUGCCUCUUCUCUCUCAGCCGGCCAGUUAAAGUCUCCUUCCCUCUCCCAGUCUCAGGCCUCCAGGGUAUUAGGUCAGCCCAGUUCCAAACCUACCACAGCUGCCACCGGCCCUCCGCCAGGUAAUACUUCCGCAACUCAAAAGUGGAAAAUAUGUACAAUCUGUAAUGAGCUCUUUCCUGAAAAUGUCUAUAGUGUGCACUUCGAAAAAGAACACAAAGCUGAGAAAGUCCCAGCAGUAGCCAACUAUAUUAUGAAAAUACACAAUUUUACUAGCAAAUGCCUCUACUGUAACCGCUAUUUGCCCACAGAUACCUUGCUCAACCACAUGUUAAUUCAUGGUCUGUCUUGCCCAUAUUGCCGUUCUACUUUCAAUGAUGUGGAAAAGAUGGCCGCUCAUAUGAGAAUGGUUCACAUAGAUGAAGAGAUGGGACCUAAGACGGAUUCUACUUUGAGUUUUGAUUUGACAUUGCAGCAGGGCAGUCACACUAACAUCCAUCUCCUGGUAACCACAUACAACCUGAGGGAUGCCCCCGCUGAGUCUGUUGCUUAUCAUGCCCAAAAUAACCCUCCACUUCCUCCAAAGCCACAGCCAAAAGUUCAGGAAAAGGCAGAUAUUCCUGUUAAAAGUUCACCUCAAGCUGCAGUGCCCUAUAAAAAAGAUGUUGGGAAAACACUUUGCCCUCUUUGCUUUUCAAUCCUAAAAGGACCCAUAUCUGAUGCACUUGCACAUCAUUUACGAGAAAGACACCAGGUUAUUCAGACAGUUCAUCCAGUUGAGAAAAAGCUCACCUACAAAUGUAUCCAUUGCCUUGGCGUGUAUACCAGCAACAUGACCGCCUCGACUAUCACUCUGCAUCUAGUUCACUGCAGGGGUGUUGGAAAGACCCAGAAUGGCCAGGAUAAAACAAACGCACCUUCUCGGCUGAAUCAGUCUCCAGGCGUGGCACCUGUGAAGCGCACCUAUGAGCAGAUGGAAUUCCCCUUACUAAAGAAGCGAAAGUUAGAUGACGAUAGUGACUCGCCCAGCUUCUUUGAAGAGAAACCUGAAGAGCCUGUUGUUUUAGCUUUAGACCCCAAGGGUCAUGAAGAUGAUUCCUAUGAAGCUAGGAAAAGCUUCCUAACGAAGUAUUUCAAUAAACAGCCCUACCCCACCAGGAGAGAAAUUGAGAAGUUAGCAGCUAGUUUAUGGUUGUGGAAGAGUGAUAUUGCUUCCCAUUUUAGCAACAAAAGGAAGAAGUGUGUUCGUGAUUGUGAAAAGUAUAAGCCUGGUGUGUUGCUGGGCUUUAACAUGAAAGAGUUAAAUAAAGUCAAACAUGAGAUGGAUUUUGAUGCUGAGUGGCUGUUUGAAAACCAUGAUGAGAAGGAUUCCAGAGUCCAUGCCAGUAAGACUGUUGACAAGAAACUUAACCUUGGGAAGGAAGAGGACAGUUCAUCAGAUAGUUUUGAAAAUUUGGAAGAAGAAUCCAAUGGAAGUGGUAGUCCUUUUGACCCUGUUUAUGAAGUUGAGUCUAAAGUCCCUAAUGAUAACCCAGAGGAACAUGUACCGAAGGUAAUUCCUGCAGAUGCUCUAGAAUCUGAAGAGAAGCUAGACCAAAAAGAGGAGGAUGGUUCAAAAUAUGAAGCUGUUCAUUUGACUGAGGAACCAGCCAAGCUAAUGCAUGACGCUUCGGAUAGUGAGGUAGAUCAGGAUGAUGUUGUUGAAUGGAAAGAGGGUGCUUCGCCAUCUGAGAGCGGGCCUGGUUCCCAGCAGGUGUCAGACUUUGAGGAUAACACAUGUGAAGUGAAACCAGGAACCUGGUCUGAUGAGUCUUCCCAGAGUGAAGAUACAAGGAGCAGUAAGCCAGCUGCCAAAAAAAAGGCUACCAUGCAGGGUGACAGAGAGCAGUUAAAAUGGAAGAAUAGUUCCUAUGGAAAAGUUGAAGGAUUUUGGUCCAAGGACCAGUCACAGUGGAAGAAUGCAUCUGAGAAUAAUGAGCGCUUAUCUAACCCCCAGAUUGAGUGGCAGAAUAGCACAAUUGACAGUGAGGAUGGGGAGCAGUUUGACAACAUGACGGAUGGAGUGGCUGAACCAAUGCAUGGCAGCUUAACAGGAGUUAAACUAAGCAGCCAGCAGGCAUAAGAGCCUGGCCUCACUGCACUGGUGACAGGCUCCAGCUGGGGACUCGCUUUUUCCUCCAGUCUGACUGCAAAGCUCUCUUAGCUGGUACUGCCUUGUGAUGACUGGUCAGCGGGCUGUGGGGACAAGUUGCAGUCCCAGCGGUUAUUAUUUCUGAGUCUAUGACACAUGAUUGACUGAUCCUUAGUUUCAGAGCCUUUUCUGAUAGACAUGGUCACUAUGAAAACCAGUAUGCUGGUAGCUCACGAGCGCACAUGGGGGAAAAGCAGAGGUUUAUUUUAUCUGCCUUUUCAACAUUUCUUUCCCUCUAUAAAUUGUUUGGCCUGAUGUCCUUGGGCAGCGUUAUGCUGAUGACAUGGUAGUAUACGGCCAAAGUACGAGCUACCAGUCUAAUAUGUAUAGUAGACUUUGGGAAAAUCGAUUUUUUUUCAUGUAUUCAUUCUGAAUAGUUGAAAUGUAUAUUUGUACAGUCUUUUAGAUCUAUUCCAGUGAUGCUUAUGGUAUUGUUACUGUGUGCCCAUCAUAGACGUUUCUUUUUUAGUGUUGCCCUUGCUGUGUAAUAAAUGCUGUAUCUAGUUUCCCUAGCAAAAGCUUGAACCUGCGCUAGUAUGGACCUUUGGACAGACUUAGUUUUUGCACAUAACCUUGUACAAUCUUGCAACAGAGGCCAGUCACGUAAGAUAUAUAUCUGGACUCUCUUGUAUUAUAGAAUUUUUCUUGUUCUGAAUAUCCUUGACAUUACAACUGUCAAAAACUGGUAUUUCAGAUGUUUCUGAAAUCUUUUAAGCUAAAAUCACAUGCAAGAAUUGACUUUGCAGCUACUAAUUUUGACACCUUUUAGAUCUGUAUAAAAGUGUGUUGUGUUAAAGCAGCAAACCAAAUGAGUGCUGCAUUUUGGAUAUUUAGUUUUCUCUUUAGUUAAACACCACCCUGGUGUAUUCAUUUAUACCACCUAAUAUAUGACACACUGUGUAGUAUGUAUAAUUUUGUGAUCUUUAUUUCUCUUUGUAUUCAUUUUAAGCAUCUAAAUAAAUUGCUGUAUUGUGCUUAAUGUAAAUAUUUGCUUUAUUACAUAUGACAGUCCUGAGUGUCUAUCAUACCUUACACCGUUUGAUGUCAUGGUACACUCAUCAGAGACAGAAGCCACAGUCGCCAAGGAAAUGUAACAUGGAAGAUCUUAUAUUUGCAUAAAGAAUGCUUUCUCUUAAGGCACCUGUUACAAAUUAUUUUGUGUUUUCUCCCUUUUAACUGCAAGAGUAAACAUCCUUAGGUUCUUCAGUUCCCCUUCCGCUAAGGAACAGAGCCUGCAUAAAUGUAAAUAUCUCAUGAUAAAAGGAUGUAAACAGAAAUUGGCAUUAAUUUGCAAGUAGAAUCUUAAUGCCCUGAUACUGUGUUAAUUUGGAAGUUAACAUAGGAAUGAUUGUACUAAACAGGCAACUGCUCUUUGUUAAAAUUCCUUUGACCCAUGUUGCUAUUGAGAAAAGGGCUGUGGAGAGCACACAGGUGAGGGCAUCGGGAUGGAAAGAGCUGCUAGCUUUGCUGUGUUCAGAUUCCCAAGAGCAGCUGGUGCUAAACGCAGAAAGUUACAAGGAGGCAGAAACAGGCCACCAUUUUCAGCAGUUUCAGUCACCUUGCAGGAACUUGAGCUUAAGAAACCUGAAGUGGCUGACUUGAUGUAAUUUUUAACUUCCAAGAAAAAGAAUUGUUACUUGAGCUCUUCUCAAAAGAAAAAGGAAACAUAAACUAGAAUUUUUACUUAAAAAUUUUUUACUUAAAAAAGUACCUGGGCCUCACAUGGAGCUUUGAGAUGUUUUACCAGGUACAUUACAAAUUCUGUGUGUACCAGCUAAUAUAGCAGGAUGUCCCUGAGUUCAGAUGCACAAACUGCCAAGUAACAAAUAACCAGCUGAAUUUUGCCAUCUCAUGCGUGUGGAAAUUAACUCUGCUUCAUUAACAGGUGAGAAGAACUUAGCCUGAGGCUGAGAGUCUUGUCCAGAGGACUAAAGAGGCUUUGUGCAAAUAGGGUUGGAGCAGGGUAGGCACACAGGGUCCUGGUGGGACAUCUGAAUGGAGACAGACAAGGAUUCUUCUUUGGAGGAAUAGGGAGUGGGUCUCUGGCCCUGAGGGGUUUUUAGCACUUGAAAUAAAAUAUUCCCAACUGAAAAUGUUGCAGAAGCCCUAAAAGUAUCUCAAUAAAAGCCAUUUUAAAAGAA